CUAACAGUAAGUAGAUCUUAAGUAACAACAAGAGACAAAACAAAGUAAUGGCAAGUAACCAGAACACAAGUUAUAUGACUGUACCGCCCAAAACCUUUCCUAUAAGUUCCCUUCUCUACUAAGUUUACCUCUACUUCCUUCCUCUCAGUCUUUUCAAUAUCUCUCAAGAAAGUAAAAAAUGAGAUUGACCUCAUCCUUACGGUUCCAUAGACAAAACAACAAGACUUUCCUCAGAAUCUUCAUGAUCUUGGUUCUUAGCUGUAUACCAGGCAGAACCAAUCUUUGUUCCAAUCAUUCAGAUACUCGUUCCUCAUUAGAUUCACUCGAUUUAGAGGGUUACAUAACCUUUGAUGAUGUCCACAAUGCGUCCAAGGACUUUGGCAACAGAUACCAGUUCCCACCUUUGGCAAUUCUCCAUCCCAAGUCAGUUUCUGAUAUCUCAACAGUGGUGAGACAUAUCUUACACCUGGGAUCCACCUCAAAUCUUACAGUAGCAGCCAGAGGCCAUGGUCACUCGCUUCAAGGACAAGCUCUAGCUCAUCAAGGUGUUGUCAUCAACAUGGAGUCACUUCCAAGUCAUGAUGGUAUCAAGAUUUACAAAGGGACACAACCGUAUGUUGAUGUCUCAGGUGGUGAACUAUGGAUCAACAUUCUACGGGAGACUCUUAAACACGGUCUUUCGCCAAAGUCAUGGACAGACUACCUUCAUCUGACUGUUGGAGGUACUCUAUCUAACGCUGGAAUCAGUGGUCAAGCGUUUAAGCAUGGACCACAAAUCAACAAUGUCUACCAGCUAGAGAUUGUCACAGGCAAAGGAGAAGCUGUGACCUGUUCUAAGAAGCUGAAUCCUGAGCUUUUCCACAGUGUUCUUGGAGGGCUUGGACAGUUUGGCAUAAUCACACGGGCACGGAUCUCUCUUGGACCAGCACCACAUAUGGUUAAAUGGAUCAGGGUACUCUAUUCAAACUUCUCUACAUUUUCAAGGGACCAAGAACACCUGAUUUCGAAAAAGAAAGGUUUUGACUUCGUGGAAGGAUCUGUGACAAUCAAUAGAACAGAUCUUCUCAAUAACUGGAGGUCAUCAUUCACUCCCAAUGACUCCACAGAGGCAAGCCAGUUCAAGUCUGAUGGUAAAACUCUGUACUGUCUAGAAGUGGUGAAAUAUUUCAACAAGGAAGAAGCUAACUCUAUGAAUCAGGAAACUGAGAAGUUACUUUCAGAGUUGAGUUAUAUACCAUCUACUUUGUUCUCAUCUGUUGUGCCAUACAUAGAGUUUCUGGACCGUGUGCAUCUUGGGGAGAUAAAACUUAGAGCUAAGGGUUUAUGGGAGGUUCCACAUCCCUGGCUGAAUCUUCUUGUUCCCAAGAGCAGCAUAUUUGAAUUUGCUACAGAAGUUUUUAACAACAUUCUCACAAGCAACAACAAUGGCCCUAUCCUUAUUUAUCCAGUUAACCAAUCUAAGUAA